ACACUGUUAACAUUACUAUCAUUUUAUUGAGGAGAGAAUAAGUGGUCUGACAAGCGGUCACUGGAGGGAGACUGAUUCGUGGCUGCUGGAUUCCUUGCCCAACUAAUCUUAAACUUCAGUUCGUUCUUCAGAACGCAGGCCUCUGCUGCGAGACCCAGCAGGAAACGUGACCUCAUUCUGCCUCUUGGUUCCUGAUUGCACCGACUGUUUUCAAAAGGAAACAGAGAGGUCGCAGAGCGACGGACUCGCCCGGGUCCCUGGAGCUUUUCUGUUCUAGGAAGCAGCGGGAAGAACAGAGGAUUUUCCAUCCCAGAGGAGCUUCUGUCGAUGACCAAACUGUAGGCGCGUGUGCGUCUAACCCUACUGACAGGCGGAAGACCGUGUUUAGCUUGCUUGGAAGACUUUUCACCUGUCGACAGUCCGAGGAGCUCUCCUCUGACGGUUCAACUUUCCGCAAAGAUGGACGUUUAUCGGAAUCUUCUGUCACUGGCGAAGGAAAGAAGAGACCGGAAAAUCCCUCCAGAAUUACCAUGGACUCCGGCGUUUGAGAGAGAAUCCAGCGGGCAGUUGUCACCCGACUGUGGAUUUCCGAGCUCUACCUGCGCCUUCCUGGACGGCGACCUCUCCUUCGCGUGCUGCUCCGGCGAUCUCCUAAAGGGCUCACGCCCGGCCUGCCGUCGCAGCCCCCGGCUCCUCACCAACGGCUACUACGUUCUGACCGGGGACAGCUUCCUCUCGGAUGAGGACGGCAACGUCACCCUCAGUCCCUCCCGGACCACUGUCAUCUACAAAGAAAACUCGGUGAGAAUCUUUAGAAGGAAGAAAAAACUCCGCCGCUCCCUCGCUUCACUGUUGGAUCUCAGCGAUGACGACGCUUGGCUCCACGGGGGUGUCUGUAUUGACGCGGAUUCCCCCGUAGGAGAGGCGGGCUGGGUCAGAAGGGACGACGGUCAGGAUCUUUGCCUUUUCCACGCGAGGGGAGACACUGACUCUUCUGCCGAACCCAGGCCCUGGGUUCCAGACGAGGCAGCUGAAGCCCUGGCCGAAUCUUCCGCGUCCAGCAACGCCGUACUUGGGCUUCCAAGAGGAAAGAGCUCGGCUUCGUUUCUUCCCUCUCCACCGGUUGUGCCACGGGAUCUCCAGGGACGAACUCUGGGUCCCUCAGACUCAAAUUCAUUGAGAAAUGUCUUUUACCAAGUCAUCAUGCUUACCACGUGCUUCAUCAUUUCUCUCUGCGCAAGAUGCUGGUUAGGAGGACUCUUUGCCUCUCUCCUGAUCUUCCCCCUCAUGCUAACUUUAAUUUGUUGUUCCAAGUUUGAAAAAUCGUUUCCAAGUUCUCUCGUGGGGCGCCGAGUCAACAUUUCUGGGGGUUGGUGCAACCGGAGAAGGGGAGAAGUGGGAGGAAGCCCGUGGAAGUUCGAAAUGAGAGAAGAGGAAGAGCCCGAGACAGGCCGUGAAGUCGGUCAGGGCCGGGGAGAGGGGUGGCGGUGGGAAAGCCCCAGGCCGAAAUCCCAGCCAGAAGACCCACCGGUACCACAGCGAGCUCAGUCACGAUGGAGCAACGGCCAAACAAAGGCCCGGAUCGAAUGAGCGGCCUCAAGUUGAAUCCCCAGCUCUGAUUCUGACUGAGUCCCGAGGGCAUCGGGUAAGGCCAAAAAGAGGUCAGGCGGGCUCUUGACUGGCCGCGUCCACCCAUUCCGAAUCUCCUCUGCCAACUGGGCUCUCCCCAGCCAGACGCCAUCGCUUCCAGCGGGCACAGAGGGAGGCUUGGCGAGCUUCUGAUCCGAAGACCUUCUCCCGCUGUUGUUUGCUCUAUUUCACCUGCCUCGGGCUGGGCUCCCCUGGCAGCCACAGCCGCCGUACGGACGUUUGGAAAACAAACGUAACGGCAGCCGGGGCUUUGAGCCCGGUAGCCAUUUCUCACCCGGAUUUUUAAAUACUGUCUGUCAAUCAGGGAAAGCAGGAGAGAACCGGCCAACCCAAGGACUGCCCUGGCAGAGAGGGCCAGGGCGGACACAGCGGGCCUGUGCCCUGCCCCGCCGGGAUUGAUGUUUCACUUUAGUGCCCCAGAGGGUUGUGCCAGGAGUGAGAGACAGGGAGACACAGACGGGAUAGAGAAGGAGCUUUCUUCUCCCCCGCCCUUCCAAGCCUAGUGGAGAGAGCCCAAGCCUGGGGGUCAGAGGACCUAGAUUCUAAUCCCGGCUCCCACACUUGU